AUGAGUGCUGAUCCAUUUCAGGAAGUUGUAGAUGACACGAGAGAGCAGAUGAAGAGGCUGGCGCAGUAUUUGAGCCAGCAUGAGAGUUCUAGCUCAAUUUCACCACAGGAUGAGGAAGUUGCAGAAGUUCAGGAGAUAGUAGAUGAUAUUGCUGAGACUCUAGUCGAUCUGAACCGUAGUGUUGAUGUUAUUGAGAAAAAUAACGCUAAUGGCGUUGAUAUUGAAAACAGAAGAGAAACUAUAGCGCAACUGAAAGACCAAUAUGAAAAGCUGAAACUUCGAUUCAAGGUACAAUUGGAUACACACAAUUCUCAGGCGGAGGCAAACAUUACCGUUGACCUAGAAGAGCCUGAUGAUCAGAAUAACAUGACUGGAGGUCAAGCGAAUCCAUUCCAAGAACAAAUGCUUAGGGAGCAAGACACUCAGCUGGAUGAUAUACACCAGACCAUGAAAAACUUACAUCUGCAGGCAGAAACUAUGGGUCAAGAGCUAGAAGAUCAAGGUCAAUUGCUGGACGAUAUGGAUCAAGGUAUGGAUACUGUUGCUGGUAAACUUGCUCGAGGUAGACGACAACUUGAGUGGGUUUAUGAAAAAAAUAAGGAGAGAUACAAUGACUGUUGUAUAAUGUUGUUGAUUAUAGCUCUGAUAGUUUUGUUGGUCUUGGCAUUUAUUGCAUGA